ACUCGUUCCCCUUUCAUUCAACAAGUUCCUCGGGGUGGAUUUCCGACCAAGGUUUGGGCCUGGGUAGUCAGCAGAGUAUAUUACCGACUGCGCAACGAAGCGAUGUAAGCUUUUCGCACUGCAAAAAUGCUGCUUGCUUUUUUGCAGCCCCUUCAUCAUAGCACUGCCAUAGUGCCUAUCAGAGAAGAUAUAAAGACCUGGAGCGAUCGUGUCGGUCUCUCGUUGUGUCCACAUCGUGACGAUAUGGAUUCAUACUCCCCUGAGGAGGUUGCGAGAUAUAUAACAAGGUCGUUCAUCCUAUGGGACUACCUGAUCAGCAUUGAUGAUGAGAUCAACUUUUUCUGGUCCUCAAGAACGUCAUGGAUUAAAUUUCUGUUUUUUGUGAACCGCUACCUUGGACUUUCCCUCCGAUUUUGGGAUGUUCUCGGAGAACGAUACGAGUCAAAUUAUUCCACAUGCAGAGUAGUGUGGCCAGAAGAAAGCCUAUCAUCGAAGGAAGUGUACUGUCUGCUCCUUUACCCCGAGUCAAUUAUAUAUGUGACGAUUCAGCUCGUUAUCAUAGGAAUCAUACUGGUUCUUCGCAUCUGGGUAAUUCUGGGUAAGAAGCGCUGCAUCUUGUGGAUUUUCUCUGGAUGGCUUGCUUGCACUGCAAGCACGUCUGUGUGGCUUUCCUUCGUUUUCAAUUUUGGAAAUGUAGGGGGAAGUGUGUUCCACUUCAUACCGACCCUACUCUUUGAGGCUUCCAUUUUCACUGCCGGAGCACAACGUGGGAUGAAACACUUGCGCUACUGGAGGACACUGCCAUCAUCGAAUGGGAGCACGUUUCAGCUUGGUCCAAAGCCAAUGAUGCAGGUUAUGUUGCAAGAUUCGGUCCUCUACUUCAUGACUGUUCUUUUUGCUCUCCCUAUAAUGACGUUUGUGGAUAUCCAGCUGGGGUUGACGAUUAUAAGCGUCACAGUCACUCGCAUGCUGCUUCGGCUCCGUAGGCGGGCUCGAGGCACCGAUGCCGCUGGGCAGAGUACUGUCCAGGAAGAGCUGACGACGUUCAGAGCCGUGUCGCGAGGGACAAUUUCAUCAGAGGCAGAGGUAGCAGGGUAGAUAUUCAUUGUUUGAUGGUGCUAAUGUGUUGAAUGAGACACGUGCUACCCGACACUUUCCCUCCUUGAUUAUCUAUACUGUACACUGUUCCUUACAGACUCUUUCUUUUAUCCGAGCUCCUAUACUUCAUCCCGACAGUAUAUAUUCCUAGUAGUUACACCUGCAUCCUCAGUCGUUUCAUCUAUACUGCGCUGACUGAGUUCUUACAAUGCCAUUCUUAUUACUUUCGGUAUGGUACACUAUCA